GCAGAGUCUCCGGCCCGUCCUGUGGAGCUCAGAGUCCGCCCGGUUCCCUCCUCAUUUCCUGUCUCUCUCCCGGGGUCUCCGCCAUGUCGCAGCCUCCUGUGAAGUCCGGGGUCUCCGCUUCUCUGCAGGGGGACCCCGCUGCCCUCCCCGCCGCCCUGAGGGGCCUCAUUAAUAACCCGCAGUCCAGCGAUGUGUCGUUUGUGGUGGGGCGGCAGCGGCAGGUGGUCCGCGCUCAUCGCUGUAUCCUGAUGUGUCGCUGUAAGGUCUUCCACACCAUGUUCAGCCGUCAGUCCCCGCAGGAGAUGUCCGUCCCCUUCGUCAUAGAGCAAUUGCAGCCUGAGGUCUUCAUGGCGGUCAUGGAAUUCAUCUACACAAACAGCGUGACGCUGGACGGUCAUAUCGCGCUGGAAGUUCUCACUGCCGCCUUACUGUACGGGCUCACGGAUCUGAGGAAGCUUUGUGAGGAUUUCAUCAGUCGAACGCUGACGGUGGACAUGGCCUGCGAAGCGUUACAGGUGGCGGUCACUUUUUUUCAGAAAGAUCUGCAUCAGAGAUGUCUGGCGUUCAUAGAGCAGCAUACUCAGGAAAUCAUUAGGACGGAGAGUUUCCAGGAGCUUUCUGAUCUGGGGAUUGUCAGCGUCCUGCAGAGCGACCAUCUGGCGAUAGAUGAGGUCCCGCUGAUCCAGGCGGUGAGGGAGUGGGCGCACGUCAGCUCGGUGGUCCUGGAUGUCCCGAUUCCUGUGGUCGCUCAGGACGCCGUGCGGGAGCUGCGCCUUGUCCUCUUGUCCCCAGAUGAGCUCACAGCACUAGAGCGGGAAAACGCCAAAGACGACCUGAUCCCGGAGAUCCAGAUCGCUCAGGCCUGGAAGUUCCACUCCCUAAAGAAAGUCAGCGACUCCAACCCCCAUCAUUUCCAGCGGAGGAAAGGGACGCUGCCGAGAGAGCAUCACCGCUACCUGGACCCCCCCUCCAAGUGAGCGUCCGCUCUUGGGACCAGGUGGGACAGAAGAUACGGGUCCUGGUGGGAGACACGGGGACAACCUCUCCCAGUCCUGACCCUAUGACAUGAGGAGUGUUCUCCUGCACUGUAUAUAAUCCGCACGUUACUGUGGUGGCCCAGUACAGAAGGUGUUCCUUUGUAUGCCCAUUGGUCCUAUCAGGUGAACUCAGUGAUUAUUUGCCCCGCACCUGGCACAGGAAUCAUUGGCUAUACCUCGGGUGGUGAUUCAGGUAAACAAUGCCCUGGCGUCACGAACAACAAAGAGUUAAUUCCAUCUGCCCUUCCAUACCUCACACAUUACCAUAUAAUGGCGCCUGCGGGGGUCUUUACCAUCUACAGGAUCUGGAUUGUAGUAGCUGAACAUCCGGUCCUGUAACUAAGGGAUUUACCAUUCAGCUGGGUGACAACCAAUAUGGCCGCCAUCACUGUUCCCAACAGGUAUAUAAACAGAGGACAAAGGCCAGUAAUGGCGGCCAUUACAGUGGUAGGAGUUGGAGAUGUUGCUUUGGCAGAGCUUGUGGUGGGACGGCACGCGAAAUUCCUGUAUACCGGGCGGUGGGCGCCGUCAGAAUACAUAUGAGGAGCCUGUCUCCUCUUUAGGAUCCACUAACCCCCACUACAGUGUUUAUCCGACCGGAGGACACCAAGGAGACUUGUCUGUUGCAGAGGAACCCUUGUUUAGCCUUCUUCUCUCUGACGAAAACAUAAUACAUCUUCUCGGUGCAGGGUUAGACGACUAACAAAGUGGUCUCCAAACUGUGGACCUCCAGCUGUUGCAAAACUACAACUCCCAGCAUGCCCAGACAGCCGUUGGCUGUCCAGCCAUGCUGGGAGUUGUAGUUUUGCAACAGCUGGAGGCAUUCUGGUUGGAAAAUACUGCCCUAACAGGUCAAAGACCCCCAAUAGGGCAAUUAUUUUUAAUUCUUGGAUAAUGCAAAGUUCCAUAACAAAGGACAGAGACCUGUAACGGCGGCCAUAUUUGUUGUUACCCCACACUUUACGUUUUCACGCUGUAUCGUUGGGCACGCUGUAUUCUCCUCUUGCUGUCAUGGUUGUUAUUUUAGGCGCGGUGGGAAUUCCUCCCCGGAGAGGUGGGUGAGCCCCAGAGGAAAUGGCCCCUGCUAAUAAUAGAGCAGACGCUGCCAGAAAUAGACGCCUCAGGGUUUAUUUACUAACAGGCGGCAAUUAUAGUAACUCCCUGCGACCAAUCGGUAAUAUAGUUUAUCUCUACGAUAUAACUGCGCCCAACCGCCUGACAAUCCGCUUCAGGGCCCCCUGGGGGAAGAUUGGCGCAAACCAACCCUGUAGAAGUAGAAAAUGAAAGCAGCGAUCUGAUUGGUCCCUACAAACAAACCCCCCCCCCUCACCUAUCCACAGGUCUACAACACGGGUGUAUUCACUGAGGAUACAGGACACUUGUUUUUAUGAUGACUCCGCCCCCGGCGACCACCGUAGCUAAACUACGUGAAGUCACGAAAAUUCUAAUCUUUCGGUUUCACUUUCAGUUCGGUCCUUUGUAGAGAAGCUCAUUCUUCCCCUGUCGUUUCCAUUACAGGUCGUAUAAUUGCUCUCGCGGAGGUCUCGUAGGCGGAGCUUGUGGUGGGACGGCCCUGUUAUUGGUGCGGUGGGCGCCGCCAGACUAUAUAUAUGAGGCUUUUGUCUCCUCUUUAUGAUCCACUAACGCCUAAUACAGUUUAUCUGACUUAAGGCUAACAAGGAGACUUGUUUGUUGCAGAAGGACCCUUGUUUAGCCUUCUUCUCUCUGCCAAAAACAAAAUACUUCCUCUCGGUUCAGGGUUAGGAGAUGUUGCUUUGGCAAAAGCCAGGCCUAGAUGACUAACAAAGCGGUCUCCAGACUGUGGACCUUCAGAUGUUGCAAAACUACAACUCCCAGCAUGCCCGGACAGCCAACGGCUGUCUGGGCAUGCUGAGAGUUGUAGUUUUGCAACAGCUGGAGGCACCCUGGUAGGGAAACACUGCCCUAACAAGUGAAAAACCCAUAAUGGUGCAGUUAUUUUUAAUUCUUGUAUAAUGCAAAGUUCCGUAACUCUCCAACUAAUAUACUUUUCCUGGAAAUUAUGCGUCUCUAUUCACUAACAGCAAGCAGAGAUCUGGAAAAUGAUAAGAAAGACGAACAAUACUGUAUUAAAUAUUAGCUAAAGUCUGCCGGUUGUUAUAUCUCCAUAUAUCCACCAUGACCCUUCACCUAGAGGCGCCAAUCCCCCCCCCCCCCAUCAUUCCAACGCUUUAUUGGUGUAAUAUAACCAAAUGGCGAUAGUUUACGACACGGUUCAGACUGGCUACGUGCAGAUUUUUCAUCCGUAACCGAGGUAUGAGGUGCAAAGUUGAAGGGUGAAGUUUUUAUAGAUUGAUUUAUUUUAUUUUAUUUUUUAAUAAAGUAAAAACAUUUAGUGAAUAGCUCCGCCCGCAGGUCACAGUCAGAACUGCAAAUACAAAAUAUUAAAUUUAUAGAAAGAUUAAAUUCGCCAAUUUUCUAUUUAUAAAAAAAAAACAAUGUCCGCUGGGUCGGGAUCCUCCCCUCUGUGCUAUUAGGGGCCCCGUGCUACAGGACAGGGGUUAAAUAGGUUAAUGAGCGCAGACUUAUUGUGUAAGUGGAGGCCAUCUGCCAGUCUGUGGGUCCAAAGGUGUGUGGGUGAGGGGCCGCCCUGACACCAUGAGUAAUGUUAUGGGGGGCGGAGGACGGGGAAUCCCUGCUCAGAUCUCCCCCUCCAUGUGUGGAAUGUAAUGACUCAGCCCCAGCUGUGUCUGUGCCAAGGAACAGACCAUGAACUGUACUGGGGGGGGGGAUCUCUUGUGAGCCAUAAAGACUGCGCUGGGAUUACGGUGACACCUGCUGGUUGUAAUGGGAAGUGCGGCUCAGAGCAGAAAUCGCGAAGCUGCCCCCCCCCCAAAAAAAAAAAAUCUGAUUCCCGUCCAUCGCUGUUGAUUCCUGGUAAAAUAACGGAUUAGACGCCGCGUUCGCAUUGGUUACUAUGGAACAAGAGAAACGCACAUAAUCGCCAAGAGACAUUUGUUACCUGUUCUUAUUUUGUCAUAUAAAGAUUUUUUUUACUGAUUAAAACCAAA